AUGAGAGAGUGUCGCCCGGCCGCGUUGGCUCGAAUCCGCGAAAACCAGCGGCGUUCUCGUGCACGGCGCAAGGAGUACACCCGGCACCUUGAGGAACAACUACGGUCAUUCCAGAGUCUUGGUGUAGCUGCGUCGCAGGAAGUUCAAGAGGCAGGGAGAAAAGUCGCAAAAGAGAAUGCCCUCCUUCGAUCGCUGCUGAUAUACCACGGCGUCUCAAAGGAAGAAAUCAAGAAAUACCUGGAAUCGCAGGCGACCUAUAUUCCACCAAUAAGCUCCUUGGCGCCAACAAAUUCACACUCGACUGUGGUGCCAGGUGAUCCUCUUAUGAAAUGCCGCGAUGCACGCACAUCUCCUAGCCGGGAGGUAAACAGUUCGCCACUUGAGCUGGUUACUGCCGGGGCUCAACGUUCUCUAUCAAGGUCAGGUACAAAAGGAUAUAUCGGUCACAAUAUCGAAGGCCCGAGUGCAGAGCGAUCGGCUGCACUCAGUUCCCGCACAGCCGAAACCGUGUCUAAAGCGCAAGAUGUUGGUGGCGCCUCGAAUAUAGGGCAACUCACAUCUUGCGAGAAUGCGGCUAGAAUCAUAGCAAGUCUGCGAGACUAUCCAGAUAUCCAUGAUCUGCGAUCCGAACUUGGUUGUGACUCGGAAUCAAAUUGCAUGGUAAAGAAUAUGUCAAUUUUCGAUGUACUCGAUAAGUGA